AUGGCCCGAAGUCUAAGUAGAUCUGGGUCAACCCUAUUUGGCCGAUCGUUGGCAGCAUCAGUACUCACCAGAACGCCACCACUACACAGUGUAGGAGUACAAAUGAGUACACCGCAUUUUACUGACAGGUAUCCUUAUGUGCGUUACAGCUAUGGAAAUACGGAUACCUCCUUAGGAAUCGCUACCCAGUCUGAGUCUGUAAGUUCAAUUCCUCUUACCUUUAUUUUUCGAGAUAAAAUUGCAAUAAAUAAAGCAUAG